GGAGCCGCGUGGGCGCCACCCAGGGGUUAGGGCUGGUACUGCACGCGCACGUCCGGCCGGGACGUAGAGCAUAGCCAUCUUCCCAGCUUGGUAGUCCUUUUACAGGAUUUUCUCUGCCCGGCCGGGACCUGUACUUCAGCACACACUUAGUGGACGUGUAAUAGUUGCAAAACCCCGGGGUUAAAAAAAAAAAAAAAAAAAAAAAAAGUGAGGGCGACCUGACAGCGCAGCUUGGAAUCUCAGCACACACGGGGUGGGAGGGCCAUGGACUACGCAGCCACCGUCUCAAAAAAGUAAAGGCGGAAGGUGCCACGCUCAGUACACCGGAGAAUGGCUGGGAGACUCCUGUUCAGAGAAACUGCGCCUAGCCUAGCACACGAAAGGGAGGAUGAAGACACCGCAGAGAGAACAUGGAAGCGGCGGCAAAGGUGCUCAGACAAGUGCUUCUGAAAGCUGAGCCAACGACCAUAAUUCAAAUAGGAAGCUAUGUCUACCAUACUCUCUUUCUUGAUGGAAUCACUUAUUUGUGCGCUACAGACAAUGGCUUGGAUACUAUAGCACCAUCUGCAUUUCUUAAAAAAGUUAGUGAUAUUUUUACAAGAAUUCCUUUGAUGUCACAAGAACAUUUUUUUCCUUCAAGUACACUUGCUACAGAUUUUCAGCAAAUACUAGCACAGAACAUGGUGGAAUACAAUAAAAGUCAAAGUAACAGCACAAUGUCUACAGUGAAGAGUCAGGUGACUGACGUAAAAAAUACUAUGUUGAGAAACAUGGACACAGUUUUAGAAAGAGAGACAGAAGCACUGAGGAUAAUUACUGAAGGAGCAGAUGGUCCCCAGGCAACUGCAGAAGAAUUUGAAAACACAAGGAAGAUUCCCAAGAUAUGGUGGAAAUGCUUCAAGAUUAUAAUUACCACCUUUGCAAUUCUCCUGUCAAUCAUUAUCAUUCUUUUAAGUACACAUGUAAUACCCACCUGACCAAUAAAGUGUUACAUGGAAUUACA